CUAGGCGGAGGGACCGGCGGAGCGGAAGUCACUCCGUGAGGCAGUGGCGACGGCGAGAGGAUGAACAACAAGUUCGACGCAUUGAAAGAUGAUGACAGUGGGGACCAUGAUCAGAAUGAAGAAAACAGCACACAGAAAGAUGGUGAGAAGGAAAAAACGGAACGAGACAAAGGUCAGAGCAGCAGCAAGAGGAAGGCUGUUGUCCCGGGACCAGCAGAGCAUCCCUUGCAGUACAACUAUACUUUCUGGUACUCCAGGAGAACCCCCGGCCGACCCACUAGUUCACAGAGCUAUGAACAGAAUAUCAAACAGAUUGGCACCUUUGCUUCUGUGGAGCAGUUCUGGAGGUUUUACAGCCACAUGGUACGUCCCGGGGACCUGACAGGCCACAGCGACUUCCAUCUCUUCAAAGAAGGAAUUAAACCCAUGUGGGAGGAUGAUGCAAAUAAAAAUGGUGGCAAGUGGAUCAUUCGGCUGCGGAAGGGCUUGGCAUCCCGUUGCUGGGAGAAUCUCAUCCUAGCCAUGUUGGGGGAACAGUUCAUGGUUGGGGAGGAGAUCUGUGGGGCUGUGGUCUCUGUCCGGUUUCAGGAGGACAUUAUUUCAAUAUGGAAUAAGACUGCCAGCGACCAAGCAACCACAGCCCGAAUCCGGGAUACACUUCGGCGAGUGCUUAACCUACCUCCCAACACCAUUAUGGAAUACAAAACCCACACCGACAGCAUCAAGGACAAUUCAAGUUUUCGAAAUACAAAAAUCACAUUGUGAAAGUACACAAGCUGGCAAUAAUCCCUUUCUGUGUGUGUGUUUGUCCGAAACGGAGGGGAGGUCUCCAGCUGGUCCUUCCGUCUGCUCACUGAAGUGACGUCCCUUUUGCACUCAUUCCUGGAGGACGGAUCCUGCUAGACAACCUCCAGCAUCGCUGACUUUAUAAAGCGGAAAAAUGGCAAACGUGACUUUGUAAUAGACACUCUUUUUUUCAAGGGGUUUCUGUGGGGGGAGUCUAGCCUUUCGUUUUGCUGUGUGCUGUCCAGAUGCCUCUCGGGCCUUCUGUCGUGCUCCUCCCUGCUGUCCGAAGGGUGUCGUGACCACGUGUACAAGCCGGAGCUGUCAGCUGAGACGUAUCAGUGUUAUGAAUGUCUGUGCAUCCAGGAAACACUUUUUGUUGGAGGUCCCGGGAUAGCUGUAAAUGCUCUCUUCUAGCUUUGCCAUUAAAUUAUUGGGACAUUUUUGUUUAUUUUGCUCCCCUCUUCCCCCCAGCCCACCACCUUCUGAAAAUGUGUACUGAUUUUGUGUGGUCUCCUGCCUUAUGCCCUCCAGUCUUCCCUCGUGUGGGACUCUUCUUAGGCACUGCUGCACUUAAACUUGUAAUCCAGAGCGCUCAGAGGCACGCCUCUGCUAACUGCACCGGAGCAGACCAGUGUGCUAGGAGCAGGCUUACGGCAGAGGUCCCAGGGCAGAUCUGCAGCUGAGGGCAGCGUCUGAAACCAUUCCCCAGAUGAGCAGGGCCUCCCUGUCCAGCCUGCUUCGGUGGGUUCGUGCAUGCCCCUCUCUGAGGAAGGGAAGCAAAAGCUGGUCACUGACAGGUAUUGACAGGUAAAUUCUGUGAUCCCAAAACUGGGACAUCCGAAGAAAAGGUGACCGAGGUGGGUGGCUUUCUUUGCCUGUCUGCAGUGGAUGGAGACCUGCUUGCAGUCCUCGUCACCUGGUAUGUGUGUUAGGCUACUGCCGGCUUAUAAAUGAGCAGGCGCGCCUCAGAGAAGUGGGUGAUCCGACCGGACUGCCAUCGAAGGUCGAAGAGCACCUAGGAUGGGAGUAAGUACUGAGUGCAGUCCUACGGCAACCUCCAAGGAGCACUGUCUCACUAGGCUCUUGUGAGCAGAGAACGAAGUACCUUAAAUUAAGGUCUCCUAAAACCUAUCCUUGCAGGCCAGGGGCCUUCGCCACCCGGCCUUAGAGAAGUCAUAUGAGUAACGGGCAUUUCCUUGUAUUUAUAUUACUCUCCGACUUUCCAUCUCCUGAACGCCCUCUAAUUGCCGCGGUCUUGGGUGCUUUUUCCUAAAAGAACAGAGGAGUACAGGGGCCAGAUGGGGUGACUCCAUGAUAGGUGAAGUUAAGCUCCAGGAACAUGACUCAGAUUCCAGGGAUAUGAAGAAGAUGCCAGUGCCUGGACGGUUGUGAAGGGCUCAGGCAAACAGCGUAGGAGCCACACUGGCGGCAACGGGAGCAGAGGCUGCCUCCCGAGGUGUGUGCAGACCCGGGCGGGCUUCGCUUCGGCCUAAACUCAGAUUUGCCAUGGAAAUUCCAAAGAGAGCAGACAUUAGAUUUGCCCUCCUUUGGGCCUCUACCCGACUCGCGUGUGUGCGCAUUGUGUCCACGAGUGAGACUUUGUCACCCCAGGGCUUCAGUGUAUUGUCUGUAUUCAUGCUGUUGCUUUUUGGGGGCCUCAUUUGUUCAUUUUUGACUCUUGUGUUUUCCAGAGCGGCUCAUGUCUCCCCUUUCUCUUUGUCAUUGCAGUAUUUGAAAGUUGUUUUUUUUUCUCACCAAAAACGGGCUGCCCCUGUGCUGGGUGAAACCAGAGGUAUCUGGUGGGCAGCAUCUUCCCUCAGAGCUCCGGUCACUCCUGACGGCUGAGUGGGAGCUGGGAGUCUGUUUCUCCAGCCGCCCGUCCUCCAGCCUGGCUUCAGAGGCCUCGCCCCGACCCCGCAGGCCUGUGCUAUGCCGACGUGUGACACCUGUGGCAUCGCCUGCUCUAGAGACACGGGAGAAGGUGCACCCAACCAACGUGGACGUUGCUGCUGGAAGAUGGGGCGUCUUUCCAUGUGCACGGGCGGGCUGUCUUCCCGUGACCCCUCUGUUGAGCUUUCCAUUCAAAGCUGGCCCCACUCCUCCAGGGCGCUCCUCAUUCUGCCCUUCGACCCCUGUGUGUGUUUCCUUGUGGCUGGCAGUGGCGGUGAUUUCCCACCGAGAAACCUGCGGCCCACGAUGCUCUGAGAUGAGCUCCAUGUGUCCGCCAGCGGAGGAACAGGCCCCGGCAGGAGGGCCUCCUUGCACUUUCUGAGCAGUUGCCCACUGCAGUAA